AUUGUCUCCGCUAGGAUGCUCUCGGAUUCUGGUGAAUGAACUGAACACAGUUACGCCGGUAGUUGCUGUGGCUACGGAAAUGUGUCAUCGCGGGCAGCCACAAGCGCCAGCCGAGUCGAGGCAGACGCGCUCCGAGAACUUGAGGUUUGCGGUGUGGUGUGGCGCGAUGCAGCCUGCUCUUGAGAUACCAGCUACGUCAGCGCUGACAGCACCAAAUAGUUAUGUUUAAAUGGAGCAGCGACGAACGUAUUGGCACGGAUCUUCAGAUUAAGAGGUGAUCUGAGAAGCCUAUGGUGAUUUAAAUUAUCUGCAGGAUUUUCAAGAGCGAUUAAUAAGGCCUAUAAUCACCUGACGAUAUCAACGAUGUGACCGAGAUCCUUACCACAACCUACGCGAUUUCCUGCACCAGGUCCCGAGGAGAGGUGCAUCGGUUGCAGAGAGUUUGAAGCGUACCGACCUCAUCCUCCACCUUCGCCGAAGAGGAAGACUGGUGCCUCCUGGCUCUUUCUGCCCACACCAGAGGUGCCAUGCAGGGAUAGCAGGCACUGAGCAGGGCACCAAGGUCACAGGGAGGAGUGAGGGGCAGUGAGAGUGGGCACUGCAGCGGGCACCAGGGCAGGAAGCACCUAUCGCUGGGCACUGCUGCCCUACCAGAGGAGUCGGGCACAGGCACGAGCGUUGGCGCGGGCGAAGGCUCUGUAGACGAUGACCAGCCUUUUCCACCGCACCGUAUCUAGGUCCCAUGGCACCAGCUCUCACCGCAGCGCUAGAGGGGGCGCGCAGCUCAACAACAACAGCGCCACCACCAGGCCGCGGCGGGUGGUGCACCGGCUGGAGUUCAACCAGGCCAUGGGCGACUUCAGGACCAUGUUCCCCGGCGUGGAGCGCCAGGUGAUCGAGUGCGUGCUGUGGGCCAACAACGGCGUGGUGGAGGCCACCAUCGAGCAGCUGCUGCAGAUGAGCAUCAGCGGACAGGCCACAGAUGACAGCUCCGACUCAGAGGACAGCAUACCGCCAGAGAUCCUAGAGCGCACCUUAGAGCCAGACAGCUCAGACGAGGAGGCCCCGCCCGUCUACGCCCCUCCCUCCUAUGACAUGCACAUAUAUGACAGGACGUACCCCGCUGACGUCCCCAACACGCCGCCGCCCAGGUUUGAUGCCCAUCCCCCAACCGGGCACCAGUCAAGGACUGGCUACAGGAACUGGAACCCGCCUUUGCUUGGCAACCUCCCAGACGACUUCCUGCGUAUCCUGCCCCAGCAGCGUGAUAGUCUGCAGCGUUCCCACAGCAAUCUCUCCCAGCCUUCCUCCUCCUCCUCUUCCUCCCUGUCCUCCCUGUCUCAGCCCCCGGUGCUCGGUGGGGGUGCGGUGCAGGGGGAUGUGUGCGGCGAGCAGGAGAGGAUUCUGGGACGGCACCUGGAGGACGAUGAGGACCGGAGGUUGAGGCAGUACCUGGAGGAUGAGCGCGUCGCCCUCUUCCUGCAGAAUGAGGAGUUCAUGAGGGAACUACAGCGCAACCGGGACUUCCUCAUCGCCCUGGAGAGAGGAGACAGCUGUGCAUCAGGCUCUGGUGAGGCCUGCCCCUCCGCCUCCGAUGACGCUCAGUUCCGUGACAAACUCAAGCACAUGGGCAAAUCCACAAGGAAGAAACUGCUAGAAGUUGCAAGAUCUUUCUCAGAGAAAACCCGAAGGAGAAAGACGAAGAAGAAGGCCCUGCUGAAACAUCACUCACUGGGCUCUGCUGCCUCCACUGCCAACCUCCUGGACGAUGCAGAUGGACCCCCGUGUGAGGGGGGUGGCCAGCUCAAGACACCAGACAAUCAGGAAGAGGAGGAACAAAACAAGGAAGUACUCUCAUGAUUGUUCCGUCUAGUUCAUGACCUCUUUGACAAUGACAGCCUUGGCUCUCUGUGUCUGACACAUCCACUUAAACCUGAAAUCUUGUUCCAUGGAACUCAACUCAAGCCUCAGUGUGCUGACAAAGCCUACAUCAUCUCACAUCAGGAAGAGAAAGGUGCGCAACUUAAUACAGUGUGAAUACUGCUUUAGAAAAUCCUUUUAUUAUUAAGAGAACAAAUAUACAUUUUCCUGUUACCCCAUCUCAACGAUUGGACUUGCUGCUUUGGGUGAGUUUGGAGUUGUGCAAGGCAGCGAGAUCCCAUAUCUCUCCUCUCUGAGGUAUAAACCCACAGUACAAGCAAAUAUGGACGCUUGUUUACUCACCAAACUUUUUCUAAUGGCAUUCAUCCCCAGGACAGUAGAUCAUAUUUUUUCCCAGAAACAGUAUGAACAUUUUACACAAAAUCUGGACUCGUUCACUUUUCAACUCACCAACCCUGUCAUUAACUCAAUUGUCAUUAACUCCAUUGUCAACAUUACAAAAUGAAGCUGAUAAGUUUACAUUUACAUGUAUUCAGUUGGCAGACACUCUUACCCAAAGCGAUUCACAAUUGAGGAACAACUUAUCCACAAAGUUAUCCAACUGUAACCAUGUAGGCCUUAAGAACAGCCCUAAACUGAAGAAAACCCCAAAGAUUAGAGUAUGGUAUCCAGGGGUAACAAAAGUUCAAUCAUUUGGGUUUAGCUGUGGGUGUGCUGACAUUGCCUUGUGUCUAUGAGGUGCUUAUUUACCUAAAGCACAGUCAUCAAUCGCCCCUCUUUCUUCCUGUUUGUUUGUUUGUUUGAUUGAUUUUCUUUAUUUGUUAGUUUUUGGGUUUGUGAUAUCAUUGUCAUGUUCACAUGCCCAGCUAACAGCUAAUGUUUGCUUUCAGAAAAACAGUAUGCUGAAGCUCAUAGUAGGACGUAUAUAGACACUGGAAAAUGUCAUUGGAAAGUCCUGAGUGUGUCUUAUAUAGCAUAGCCACCAACCCAAUUUAGGGUGUCUGUUUGGUAGUAUGCAUACUCAAUCAAACUUCAAUCAAAGCAAAAUAUACACAGGAAAUCAGAGAUUUCAUAAUUGUUUUUUAUUAUUAUUGAUUUAUUUUGGGCAUCUCUAGUCUUUAUUGACAGGACAGUGAAGAGCAGACAGGAGAUCAGAGGAGAGGGAGUGGGCUUGAGAAAUGACCUCGGCUCGAACCUGGGUCUUCGUGGGAACUAGCUCCGUGUGUGAUAUGGGUAGUCAUGGGAACUAGGCCCGUGUGUGAUAUAGGAUUGUCGUGGGCACUAGGCCCGUGUGUGACUCCCCCCAUAAUUGGUGCUCAUGUUUUUCACAUCUGCUUUGGUCUCACAUACACACACUCAACACACCCUCUUUGCUUUGGUCUCACAUACACACACUCAACACACCCUCUCAGGCUGCGGUUUCUGUUGAGUGGAGUUGAUGAUGACAGUGGCAUGUAUAUACAUUUAUGUGUAAAUUCCAUAUGUGGGAAGAAUAUUACCAACAGAUGCAGUCUGCUGUUAUGAUAGUUUUACUUCUCAGGGAGAAUCUCUUGCUAUAUUUUUGAUUUCUGCUGCUGAAAUUAUAUUUUAAACAUGUAUAUCCUUAAAGAAAAUAAAAAUUGAAUAUUAACCUCA